GCCAUUUUGAAUACUUUUCUCAUUGAUUAUAACAAACGAGUAGUUAAGGUAGCGCUAUCUUUUAGCGGUAAAAAUCAUCACAGCGAGCUGAUCAGUAACUUUACGCGCUAUAUACUAUAUAUAGAUCAGCGAAACGUUGAGUUUGGAGAAUAUCGUUAGGCUUCGACUUGGUUUUAAUGUUGGAUUACCGAUUUAUUUAGUAGUUUUUCUGUAAUUAAAUAGUAAGGAAUCUUCUACUACAAGGUACAACUUACAAGUUGAAAACUGUUCGUAAAUGCCCUUUUCAAGAAUAUAUUGGUUGAAGGAUUGAAUAAAAAAUGUUCCGGGUUGUAGAGAAUGACGAUGGUUCAACUUUGAUUUACAGGCCUAACACAAAUGAAUUGCUGUGUGUUGUUCAAGAAAAUCAUCGAGUGCCUAUUGACAUUUCUGAACCAGUUUUGACACCAGAAUCAAGAAUUGUUCCAGUUCCAGCACCAGAAUCCAAAGUUGUUCAUGAUCAUUUUUAUUACAAAGGAAGAGACAGGUAUGGAGUACGUGGUAUGCAUGUCCAUCCUAGCAGGGACCUUCCAGUGUCAGUUUGUGUUUCAUCAUUGGGUAGUAUACCAUUUUCAUAUGAAGAAAACUACCUAGUAGAAAAACCAGACAAAUUUGAUACUUCUUCAGACAUAUCAACUAUCUCUUCUUCACCUUAUUUCUGUGAAGACCUUUCAGAUGAGUGCAUAGAUCAGAACUCAUUUCUUCGGGCUUUCAACUUGAUGGAAAAAUCUCUCAUUGAUAAGGAUGGCUUUGAAAGUUUAAAACAAAUUUUUCCACUAAGGAAAAUUUCCCGUACAAAUACCGCUUCUAAGUUACAAAAUUUGAUCAAGUUAAAUUAUCACGGUCAUACUAAUCGGAUCUUUGAAGACAUAGAUCUUUGUUCCCCUCUAGGUCAACAGAUUCUUAGUCUUAAUAAACACUUGAUGGUUGAACCAAAUUCUUCUCUUCUAAGCAUUAACAAAUGUGAAAAGUACUGUAACUUUUCUGUGGUUAGCCUUCAUUCUGACAUACAUAAAUUUCCACAUUUGAGAAGCAGAGAUAUGCUAACAAAGUAUCCAGUCACUUAUCGACCCUUCAAAAAGAAUCGUCAAAGCUCUUCUCAUCUUUACUCUUUCAAUUUUCGUGAGCGUCAUGAAAGGUUAAGAGUUUUACAGACAGCAUUUAGCAGGAAGCUUCUACAUCCAACUUAUCUACCAGAGAACAGUUUGAACAAACGGGGAAGAGAAUUGAAGAGACUCUGCAAAAAAGUUUCAGUGAGAGUAAAAAGGCUAACUAAGCAAGAGAUACAAAAAUGGUUGAGGAAAAAUUAUACAAAUAAGAUAAGUGCAAAACAAUGUCACAAGGGUGAUCUCUAUGAAGUACAGUUUAUGGAUAGUUCAAAGUCUAUUUUAUCAUCUUCAAAGAAACCUAUUCUGGUGUUCUUGCCUUUAUCGCUUAAGCUGAAAAUAAUGGAGUUCAGCACUUCAGAAACGGCUUCUAAUAAAACACAGAAAGAACAAAAUAAUGAAGUAAUAACUUCUUGUGGAGAAAAGAAAAAUAAUUCAAGUCUUCACAGUAGCCUUACUCAAAUAGCCAGUUCUAGAAACCAAGAUUUAUCACCCAAUAAGAGAGAUAUUUGUUUUUUAAGUAAACAUUCACCUUGUAACUCUCUACCAAAGUCCUCUUUCACAUCCUCUGGAAAGUCAGGUACAGACAUAGAAAAACUUGAAAAUCAGUCAGCCAUGACUGAUAUUGUUCUCAACAAAAAUAGCACAGUUCAAAUGUUUUCAAGUACCUCUGACCACAAUAAUACUGCUGAAGAGAUGCAUAUCCUGAUGAAUAAACAUGGUAUACAAAAUAGACGAGUGCAAAAGGAACCAGAAAUUUUAGGAGGUAACUCAAGUCUUAUCUAUUCAUCCUUGGACUAUCACAAGAAAGAAUUGUUUAAACAGUUACUUGAAAAACUAUCUCGUUUAUCAAGUGAAACAAAAGAUCGUACUAGACGUUGUAAGAAACCUUGGCUACCUUUAAGGUUUAGUUCUUCCACGUCCCAUCACAAACAAGUUAAAGUCUUAAAGCUGCCACGUUGCUGUGUAAAACUUGUUGACAUAGCAGAGGAAUUUGAAAAGCUUGAAACUGAGUUUAAACAUAAUGAAUGCAGUGUAAAACUAUCAAGAAAUGGUUUAAUUUCUGAAUAUAGACCUGAUGUUGUACUUCAACAGCUACUAGCAGAGACAGUAAAGACUCCAGCUUCAGAUGUGCAGAACGUAGCUCAAAAAUUGCUGAAAAAUCAAAAAGAAGUAACUUUCCAGGAAAGCAGUCAAUCCACCAUGUUUUACAGCAGUAACAAAAGUAGCAAAUGUUACAACUAUGGAAUUAGUAAUAAUUAUCUGUCAUCUCCUAUUAAACAGACUCCAAUUUCUACAGAAAAUAAGGAGAGACAAGAGCCUAUUAGUUCAACAAAUUGGGAAACAAAUGUAUACGUUGGAGAUGAAGUCCCUCCCAUUCUGAAAUCUUGUAGGUUGAAGCUUGGUAAUAGCCUUAAUAGCCAUCACAUCAGACAGUCCAUAAGAGUUUCUCAGAAAUCCAGAUAUAAUAAUUUGUAUAGCAGUGAUUCAAAUCAUUUUUAUAACAAACAAAAGAAAUUGCAAAAUUUUGAACACAACCAGUCAGUCUUAACCACUGAAGGGUCAACAGACGGUCUUCACUACAUGCCACAAAAUUCCAUGAGUGACCGACAUACAGGAGGGGUACUUAAUAGUUCCCAGAAAAUAAACACUCCCAGGAAUUUGUUGUCAUCCACAAGUUUAGGUUUAAAGGAUAAUCUCCAAGCUGGUCAGUGCCUGAAAUAUUCUGAAGGUGAAAGAUAUUUGCCCAUUUCAAGCAAUAUUUCACCACUCCACUCAUCAGCAAAAACGUGUAGAAUUCCCAUACAGGGGCCAAACUGCAGUGCUUCCACAGUUCAACCGCUUUCACCAUUUAAGUCAUCCUCUUCCAUUAAAGACAGAAACCUUCCAAAUUUUCAGAAAGAGCCUACAAAAUGGCUGUUUAAAUGUAAUGGCUGUGGCUUUGCAGCAAGUUUUAUUUCUCGUGCACAGGCUGAAAUGGACAUAACACAUCACUGUACAUCUUAUCAUGCCGUUAUAGACCCUGCUUACCAUCUGGCAGAGUAUUCCUUGAAUUUUGCAGAUCAUACCGAGGUGGUAAUUGAGGCUUUUGUGGGAUGUGCAGUGACAUCUCCAACAAAGAGCCCAAGUGUAGAUCGUAGAUUAUCAGCAAAAGCAGAGAGUAGUCUAUUUCAAACAAAUGACUGUUCACGGCAGUUCUUUUCCAGUUAUGGUGCUCUAGAUGAUGUUGUGAAUUUAGAUUUAUAAAUAUGAACUAAAACUUGUUUAACUUAAGUGUAUUUUAAACAGCUUUGUGCUGUAUGGGGUUUUAAUGUGUUUUUUUUCCAAGUAAGGCCAUGUAUAUUGAUUGUACACAUUGUGUAAGUGGUGGCUGUUGCUCUAACAGGAAGAUCCAAGUGAAUUUCUGGUGAUUUAAUUUCUUUUACAUCAGUGAUUUUUUUUAUUAUACCAUAAAAUAUAUUGGUAUUGACUGUGUACCAUAAAUGGUUAACAAUAUGAAACAUUUUAUUCAAAUUAGUUUUUUCUUUUAUUAUUAUUAUUAUUUUUACAAAAGAUAAUGUGUUGAUAUUUUGAGAACUAACAAAAUGUCAUGAAAAAAAUUUUAAUCAACCUCCCUUGGGAAUUUUUGUACCAAUAAAUGUAGAUUUGUUAUCAAUAUACUCUGCUUGGAUUUGAUUUGAAAUUGAAUUUCAAUAUAUCUCCUAUUAAAACUAUCAUCUUUCAGUAGUAUGCUACUAAAACAGCUUUAAACAGUUGCCCUUACAAAUCAAAAUAUGCAGAAAAUAGCAAAUAUUAUAUGUGAAUAACUUAUCUUACCCAGGAGUACUUUAAUGUUGUAUUCCACCCUGAAAUUUAAACUUAGUACAAAGGUAAUAUUUUCUUGCCUUAUUAAAAGAAAGCCUUGUUUAAUGGUCUCAUUUGUAAUUUCAAAGUGAAUUUUAUAUUGGUGUGUAUGCUAUACAAAUUUUGUUUGAAAAUAUGAGUAAUUUUUUGUGUUGUUGCUGGUACAUAAACAUAUUUUUUAAAGUCAUUAAAUUUUUUAAGAGUGAAACUACAUUAGAUGUCUGUUGUAGAGACACCUUAAAAAGGUGUGCUGUGUGUUAGGUACUAUUUUUUUGUAAUUAUUAGCAGUUAUGUAGCUUUCAAAAAUAAAACAGUGGGUCCACUGUC